GGUAUGUGUACUCGUUACGGAAUGAACACCCCCUGUUAUCGUUACAAAGGUGUCGCGGAUUGAAACAUAUCCCAGCAUUUACACAAGAGUCAGUAGUAGAGUUACUGGAAGACCCCUGUUUAAGUCCACGACUGUUCUCAGCUUCUAAUAACAUGGAUCUUUCGAAGAUCGAAUUCGGUGCAGCUAUGAAAAAACAGUGUUUUCAUUUUGAGGAGGGCUUUACCUAUGUAAAUCACGGAGCGUAUGGUGAGGUACCUUUGAUUAUAAGGGAAAAACAAAAACAAUUACUGGACACCCAGAACGAUAACACGGGGAUGUUCUUCAGGGAUGCAACACCUCGACUGUUUAGAAAGGCAAUAGAAGCAGCAGCCAAAUUUUUGGGGGCGGAUCCAGAAAAUUUGGUUCUUGUACAAAAUGCCACAACAGGUGUGAACUCUGUCUUAAAAGCGUUCCCAUGGACGAAAAAUGAUGAGAUUUUGGCCACAAAUUAUACAUACAAAGCAGUUGAAUACGCUUGUCGGAAGGUAGCGGAGUUUUCCACAGGAGGACAUAUUCAUCAGUUUGAUAUACACUUUCCCAUUAGAGAUGAAAUGGAGGUGGUUAAUAGUAUGACAUCAUAUCUGGCCGAGCAUCCCAAAAUUAAACUCGUAGUGUUAGAUAACAUCACAAGUCCAACAGCACUAAAGUUACCGUUAAAAGAAAUGAUAUCGGAAUGUAGGAAGAGAAACGUUAUGGUUUUAAUUGACGGUGCUCAUGCACCCGGCCAAGUGGAGAUCAGCCUUGAAGAACUCAGUCCUGAUUUUUACGUAGGAAACUUCCAUAAGUGGGUCUAUACACCAAGAGGAUGCGCCUUUCUCUGGAUUCAUAAGGAUCACCAGGAUUGGUGCACUCCUCUUGUGACGUCACAUAUGUAUAAAAAGGGGUUUCAGAAGGAAUUCUGUAGACAAGGAACACGUGAUGAUAUUCCGUAUUUUUUGUUACCCGAGUCUCUAAAGUUUUACCAGGACGUAGGAGGGAGGGAAAGGAUUAACAAGUUCACCAGAAACCUCUUGGACAAAGCCAGUGAGUUGAUAGCAGAGAAAUUAGGUACAGAGGUGCUGCAGAUCCCGAAAUCAAUGGAAGCUCCCGGCAUGAGACUUGUAUUGUUACCAGAAUUUGAAGGCUAUGAGAAGACUUGGAAAGGUUCAGAAAAUCUCUACAUGGAUAUCAUGAAGACACAUAAAAUCAACACUGCAAUCUAUCCUGUUCAAGGCGAGCUUUAUGUGAGACUGUCCGCCAAUAUUUACAACGAGAUAAGUGAUUACGAGAAACUAGCGGAUAUUCUGCUCCAGCUAUCCAGGAAAAGUUAGAGCUUCUUGUUCUCUAGACAGUUCUCACAUUUUACAUUGUAUUGCCAUUAUACUAUUAUAUUUAUGUUAUUCUGUGUAUUUAUUUUACCUUAUGUCUUAGUUUAAGUUGAUGUUCUUCAUCACCAUUAAUUAUUUUUUUAUUAAAUGAUUAUU